AUGGGGAGCAAAAAUAAUAAUAUACCUUCAUAUGAUGGAGAAAUAAUAAAAGACAAUAAAAAAAAUGAAAAUAUAAAUGUAGAGAAAGAAAAAAUGAACAUUGAUAAGUAUCCUGAAAUAAGUGACAUAUCUACUGAUGAUCUUUUAACUGAUGUUGUAACAGAAAGUGAUGAAGAAACAGAAAAUGAAUAUGACAAUAAAUGGGAAGAUAAAGAAGAAGAAUAUAAAGACACACUAUAUGAGAAAUUUCAAAAUAAUGAAAUAAAUAUUUUGUUUGAAGAAAUAAAAAAAAAAGAAAUACAAUUAGAAGAAAAUAAUACAGAUAUAUGGAAAUUAAAAAAACGGUUUAGUAAGAUUGAGAAGUAUAUAAUUUUGAAAAAAAAAAAAAUAAAUGAUUUAAAAAAAAGGAUUGAAGAAAAAAGGAUAUUAAAAGAAGAGGAAAAUAAGUUAUGUAAAAAUGUAGAAAUAAAAAAUAUAUUUUUAAAUAAAGAAUGUAAAAAAAUAAGAUUUGAAAGAGAUAAAAAUAAUGAGCAAGUAAUUAAAACUGAAAAUGAAUAUAAUAAAUGUAUAAAAGAUAUCGAAGAAAUAAGAUCCAAAUUAGUCUAUAAAGAAAAUGAAUUAAAUGAAUGGAUAGAUAAAAUAAAUUUAAUACAAAAAGAAGAAUUUGAAGUAGAGAAAUUUAAGCUACUAAAAGACAAGGAAAUUAAAAAGUUAUCUCAUAAUCUUGAGGUGCUAAAUUUAGAAAAAAUAGAAAAUGAUAAAAAUUUAGAUAAGAUAAAAACAGAAAUUCUAAAACAAAGUAUAGAAUUACAAUGUACUAUUAAUGAAAAUAAAGAAAUAAUUAAAGAGAAAAAAAAUUUAAAAAAAAAAUGGGAGUGUAUAGUUGAUUCAAUAAAUAGUAGAGAUGAUACUAUAUUUAAAUUGGAAGGGAAUUUUAGAAAAUAUUUAAAUAAAGAGAAAAAAUUAAAAGAAAAAUAUGAGCAUAUGAAUAAUAAUUUAUUAAAAGAAAAAUUAAAAAUUAGAGAAAUUGAAAAUGAAAUAAAAAAUAACCAAAUGUCUUUAAGUAAUAUUCGAAAAGAGGAAAAUGAAAUCAACAAAAGAUUGGAAAACUUAAUUAGUGAAAAAGAUUUAUUAAAAAAAAAUUAUGAUCAUGAAAGUUUUUAUUUUAAAGAAAAGACUGAAGAAAUCAAAAAUUUAGAAAUACUAUUAAAUGAGUUAGAGAAAAAUUAUAAGCAUUUAUCUUUAAACAAUGAAAAGGCAAAGAUCGAAUUUGAAAAUGUAGAAGUAAAAAACUUAGAACAAAAAGAUUUAAUAAAUAAAAUUGAAAAGCUUUUAAAUGAAGAAGAAAAUAAACUAUCUCUUCUUAUAAAUAAUAUAAAAAUAAUGGAUGAUGAAAAAUUUAAAUUAUCGCAAAUUUUGCAAAAAAGUAAAAAUGAAUAUACAAUAUUAGAGGCAGAAGUGUUAGGUACUGAAAUAAAAAUUAAACACAUGAAAAAUGAUAUUAAAAAAAUUGAAAAAAAUUUAGAAAGACAGAAAGAAAUUAUUUAUAAAUUUGAUUUCCAUACACAAAUUUUAACUAAAAAACUUAAUUCGAUUUUGGGAAAUAAUACACUUGAAAAAAAAAAAGAAAAUCAAAAAAAAGUUUUGUCUUUAGAAAAGGAACUUAAAAAAUAUGAAGACAUAUUUAAUACACUUAAUAAUGAAAUGAAGAGAAUAAAUAUAGAAUUAAAAAAUAUAAAAAUAUAUCAGAAUGAUAUAAAAAUAAAAAAAUUAAAUAAUAAAGAAAUGGUAGACAAAUUAAAAUUAGAUAUAAAAUCGUUGGAAACUAGUUUAAUUAAUGAAAAUAAAGAAAAGGAAAAUAUUAUGUUGAUCGAACUUAAUUUAAAAAUUGAACUAGAUAAACUUAAAGGGACAUUUGAAAAAUAUUUAAAUAAUCUUAAUAUUUUAAAAGAUCAGAAAAAAAUAUAUGCUAACCAAGAAAAAUUAAAAGAUCAAGACAUUAAUGCUAAUAUAGAAUCAUUGAAAGUUAUUAUAAAAAAUGUUAAUGAAGAAAUACAUAAGUUAAGUAUGCUUGUAUCAGAUAAAAAAAGUAAAUGCAAUAAAUUAGAACUAAAUUUAGGUGACCCAAUAGUAGGACCAACUAAUGUAGAAUCUGAAUAUUUAGGGGCAGAAACGAAGGAAAGUGUAAAAAUUGGAUUAAGUAACGAAAAUGAAAAUAAGUGCAUUUAUUACAAAAUAAAAGUAGAAGAAGAUAUAACAAAAUUAAAGGAAGUGUUAAAAAAGAUUGAUGAGCAAAUUAGUAAAGAAGAAGAAGAAGCUAAUAAUUUUGAAAAAACAUUGAACGAUAUUAUUCAAACAAAUAAAGUUUUUAAUGAAAAUAUAAAAUGUAUAGAUCCUCAACAUAAAAUAUUUUUAAAAAAAAAGAAUAAAUUAAACAAAAAAUUAAAUGAAAUAAAUGAUAAGAUUGCACAGGUUGAACAAAAUAUUAAUGAAUACGAUAAAAAAGGUAAAAUUGCUGAAAAUCAAUUUAAUAAUAUGUUAGAAGACAAAACAAAUAUAGAAGAGAAAUUAACAAUUUUAAAAGAAAAUAUAGAAAAGAUGGGACAUAAAAUAAAUGAGAUUUUUGUCAAAAUUGAAAGAGCAUCUAAUCAAUUAAGAAAUAUUCUUUCAUCAACAAAACCUAAACAUGAAAAAAUCAAAACAACAAAUGAAAAUGAUCAAAUUGAAAACGAACAAAAUGGUGGCAAUAUUGAUAAUAUAUCUUUAGAAAAAAAAGUUUUAAAAAAAAUACAAACAGAAUCAUUGAAAGAAAAAUUGACACUCCUUUUUGAAUGUUUCAAAGAUUGUGAAGAUAAUUCAAUAGGUAAGGAAAUUCUUCAAGUGAUAGAAACUGCAUAA